AUGUUGUUUCGCUCUCUUGUGGUUCUAGGGCUUGCAGCCUCGACGAUGGCUGGUGGCUUUUGUGUGGAUUUUGGCUCUCAAGGACCCCCAAUCUCUCUGUGGAAGUGGAUGCCUGAGUCAGAAGCCGGGUCUACAACCAUUGAACCUAUCCAGUCCACUGCAGAAGCUACGAAUACAUGGGUGGACUGGGCAAGCUCUCUUACGGCCGCGUCCUCAACCUUCAUCUCCCCAUCCUCGUCGACUUCUUCAACGUCCAAGUCAGCUGCUUGGAUAAAACCGACUCUCCAUUCUUCCAGCUCUCCUGUGGCCAUAUUCGUCUCGCCUGAGCAAACAUCAAAGGGAGUGGAGCAUCAAGGACUUACAGCAGCACCUACAACCCUAGUUUCCAAAUUUGUCCGAACAACCUCGAGCUCUUUCAUUGCGAAUUUGGCCUCAUCCACACCAGGAUCUACUCUGACAACCUCGUCACAUGCUACAUCGGUUCGUGUCGAGCCUACUUCGACCGCUAAAUCUGAAGUCUUCUUUGGAUUGGGAACACGUUAUGGCGAUAACUGCAAGGAGGAGGAUUGCUGGCAGAAGGGUGCGUGCAGUUUUGUUGACUAUGACCUUCCCGUCAUGGUAGAUGGGUCGACCUGUGUUUCCGAGGACAUUUGGAACAACGGCGCAAACUGUGGUGGCUGUAUUUCGGUUACCUACAAGAGCAAGACAAUCACCGUCAUGGUGACAAAUCUGACAGGAGGAAAUGCUACACAUCUCGAUAUGACUCCUGAUACGUGGGCAAAGUUGACCAAUGGAUACUCUGGUGGAGGUGUGGAUGGCAUUGAAUGGGAGUGGGUGACCUGCCCAAUUGGAGAGACAGAGCCCCUAUGGAUUCGUAUGCAUGCCGGCGCCUCGAAAUACUGGUUUUCUGCUACGGUUGAAAAUGCUCGAGAGCGGACAGCGAAGCUAGACGUCAGUUCUGAUGGAGGCAAGACAUGGCAAGGCACCACUUUCAACAACUACAACAUGUUCGUCCUGGAUGGUACCCUUCCUGCUGAUACUGCAACAGUGCGAGUCACCAGCGUUACAGGAAGCCAAGUCAUCGUGGACAAUGUGUCUCUGGUCUCGGAAGCCAUCACAAAGGCAGGCGAGAACUACUGA